UUCAAAAUGCUCAAGAGGAAGCCAUCCAAUGCCUCAGAGAAGGAGAAACAACAAAAACCGAAGCGCAGCAGCAGUUUUGGGAAUUUUGAUCGUUUUCGGAAUAAUUCCAUAUUAAAAUCUGAUGACUCAAAUGAGGUCCAUGAUGGGGAACUAACAAAUGGAAGUGAAGAACAAGAUAAAACUUCAAACAAAGGAGGAAGUCUAGGUAAAAAAAUGAAGGCUAUUUCAUGGACAAUGAAGAAAAAAGUGGGAAAAAAAUACAUCAAAGCGCUUUCUGAGGAAAAAGAGCUGGAAAAUGGAGAGGAAGCCCUCCCAUAUCGAAACAGUGAUCCCAUGAUUGGAACACGUGCAGAGAAGAGCACCCUCAAAGCCAGCGACUCUAUGGAUAGUCUCUAUAGUGGGCAGAGCUCAUCAAGUGGAAUAACAAGCUGUUCGGAUGGAACAAGUAAUCGAGACAGCUUUCGACUGGAUGAUGACAGCCCCUACUCAGGGCCUUUCUGUGGCCGUGCCAGAGUACACACAGACUUCACACCAAGUCCCUAUGACACCGACUCCCUCAAAAUCAAGAAAGGAGACAUCAUAGACAUUAUCUGCAAAACACCAAUGGGAACGUGGACAGGGAUGCUGAACAAUAAAGUAGGAAACUUCAAGUUUGUUUAUGUGGAUGUUAUCUCAGAAGAGGAAGCAGCUCCUAAGAAAGUAAAACCACAGAGAAGCAGUAAGAGAGAGGACACCAAGACCGUGCAGGAGUUCUUAGAGACAAUUGACCUUCAGGAAUACACUUCAACACUUCUGCUCAAUGGUUAUGAAACUCUGGAUGACCUGAAGGAUAUCAAAGAGAGUCAUCUCAUUGAAUUAAACAUUACCAACCCAGAAGACAGGAUGAGGCUACUGUCUGCUACUGAGAGUCUCCUGGAUGAGGAAACCACUGCAGAGCAAGAAAGUGAAGCGGUACCUCUGUCUGCACGCCCAGACAUCUUAAGUAAAUCACAAUUAGAUGACUGCCCAAGGGACUCUGGCUGUUAUAUCUCAUCAGAGUGCUCAGAUAAUGGCAAAGAGGACCUGGAAUCAGAAAAUCUACCUGACAUGGUACAGAAGAUUGCCAUCACCGCGCCCGGUGACUGAACCCACACUCGCAUGGCCAUACACACAGCUGAAUUUCAUUUGAACUCUUUGUCUCUGCUACAGGAUCAAAUGGGAGGGUUCUAAAGGCAUCCCAAAGUGCAAGGUGUUUGAGUCUGAGUUUUAUAGCUCUAAAUUUCCAAUGAGUGUGCAUAAAAUGCCUAUUUAUUAAAUGCUAUGUGUUAAAGUUCACCUGCCUGUAUUAGAAAAACAGAUAAAAUGCAAGCCCAUGUGUGGUGUGUGCUCUAUCUACCUUUAUUUCCUAAGUGUAAAAAAUAUAGUUAUGGAAACAUUGUACUUAAAUAUAUGUAUAUAUUAUUGAAUAAGUUAUAGAAGUUUCAGUUGAACUAAUUUCUUCAAGUAGUAUAUACACUCAUUCUUUUAAAUUACUGCAAAAAUGAAGGCUGACAUUGACUGUGUUCUGUUCAAAGGCAGAAUUUUAGUAACAAUUUUCUGUUUAGUUUUUCACUCUGCUAUCUGAUAUACAGAUAGAGUUAACAAAAUACUGUCUUGGUUUAGUAAAAGUAAUUGUAGAGAUGUUUUUAUCUUUAUAUGUAAAUAUUUUU